AUGCGUGUCCUGCUCGUUCUGGCCGUUUUGGCCGCGGAGAAGGCCAUUGCCAUCAAUAUUCCCUUCGAGUCUUUUGAGCUCACACCAGCCGAAGUCGACGCAUUUCCCGUCAUAGCCUUUGGAGAUUCCGCGAAUCCAGGACCUGCCCGUACCGGCUGCCGUUUUGUGCCUGGAGAUUCUGAAUGGCCGACAGAUGAUGACUGGUCGCGCCUCAACGUGUCUAUGGGAGGCGCGCUGUUGCGUCCCGAUCCACCUGGUGCCGUAUGCUAUCCGGAUCAUCCUCGAUACGACGAAGAUGCAUGUCUCGCACUGAUGAGGAAUGCGGGCCGAACACGGGAAUUCGAAUACUUACCAGACUAUUCGGUGGGAGAUUACCACGGUCCAGCGGCCAGGGUCAGCGCUGGUCUAGAGGCAUGGGAGAUGUUUGAUUACAUGAGGGCUCAUGACAUGACACUUGUCGUACCGGGUGGAUACACCGUCGGUGCCUAUGGUGGCUGGAUGGCUGCAGGAGGUCAUUCACCCCUAGCCUCUACAUUUGGGCUAGGAUCCGAUCAAGUGCUGUCUCUGCAGGUUGUCACUGCCGAUGGUAGAUUUGUGACGGCAAGUCCGGAAUCAAAUCAGGACUUGUUUUACGCUCUAUGUGGAGGAGGCCCCAGCACGUACGGUAUCGUCACUUCGGCCGUCGUCAAGGCCCAUCCAGCCACCAACGUGACGACAGCUUCGCUGCGCUUCCAGGUGACGAACGGAGCGUUCGGCUCAGAAUCUGACAUGAGCGCAUCAGAGGCGGUCGAAGCCUUCUGGACCGGAGUCGGCAUGUUUUUUCACUACGGCAAGGAUGUUACCGAGUUUGGAGGCACCACGUACAACUACGUGACGCCUGGCAUGAACAACGCCUCCGUGUCCUUCCGGACAGACUUUGAGAUGCCCGGGAUGACGCCCGAUGAUGUGGCGGCCUUUCUACAGCCAUUGUAUGAUGCAAUCACAGACGUCGGCAUCCCUAUUAGCAAGACUGUUCCCGGCCCUUCCAGCACGUGGGGACCAGGACGGCGUGGUAUCGGUGAUAUGCCGGGCAACAGUCGGCUCGCAUCGCGUCUCUUCCCUCGGCGCAACUGGGAGUCUGAUGAUCUCUUCGACGAGACCAUGGCAGCUGUGCGAACUUUCGUCGAGGGAGGCUACUCUUUCCAUGGGAUCCAUAUGGGGCCCACGGAAGAGGUCGCCGGCUACCCUGGCGGCGGGGGUGUCAACCCGGCAUUCCGCGAGACGCUCAUGCAUGCGGACUUGUUCGACCGUGGCGUGGCCCCCGGCGCUUCUGCAGACAAGGUGAAAGAGGCCCACGACCGGCUGGUCGAGUACGUGCAGCCCAUCCGAGACGUGACGAAGGGAUCAGGGGCAUACAUGAACGAGGGCGACGUGCUAGAGCCAGAUUGGCAGGGAAGUUACUUCGGGGACAAAUAUGAGCGCUUGCUCGCCAUCAAGCAGACGACGGAUCCAUGGAAUCUCUUCUGGGCUCCUGGCACAGUGGGGAGCGAGCCUUGGGCCGUGAGGACUGCAGAUGGGCUGCCAACACAGAAUGGUCUAUUGUGCAGAAUUGAUGCUCCAAGGAGAUGA